AAAAGCACAAGUAUUUUUAUCCCUUAAAUUGUAAACGGCAUAAAGAACGCCAAUGAUUGUUGGCGUAGUUAAUACAAGAGGUAAUGCAAAUCCAAAUCUGUGCAUUAAAGUUUUACACGCAAAUUUACCUGAAAUGGAAAAAUUUAUACCGCAACACGUGACGCUCCUGAUAUAUUUGACAUUUGAAUGUAGUCUGCUAGAAAUGAGGUUAACUUGUUUGUAGUAGAGUUAGCAUAUUUUUUCACUCUUAUCAUUCUCUAAUCACCAAUUAAUUUGUUUUUGUUCAUCAUUUAUUCUUCAUGUGUUCAGUUUAAAUCAUAUAGUACGUCAAUAAACAUCAAUGGCUGAUAAAUUUUUGAUAUAAAAUCAUUUAAACAAAUAAACGCACCUUCACUGUAUUUUUUUGAUUUUUCUGUUAUUUUUAUUUAAAAAAAAAAAAAAAAAACUAGUAAAUAACACUUUACAAUUUAAAACAAGAAUAAAUAAUUGCAAAUAAUUUAAUAGAAUGAAAGAAAAGAGAAAAAAAUUUAAAUAGAUGCUUAUCUAAUCUUUAAUAAUAAAGGUCUCAAUAAAAAAAUCAUGGCCAAUCCAUGCAGUGUAGUUGCACACUUGGUGAAAUUAAUUGUGACAAUAGCGUGCAUGAAAUUCUUUAAAGAUGGAUUUUUAUUCAAAGCAAUUGAUCACGCUUGGGCUGUGAGGGCCUUACAAAUUCUUCUUACUCACUCCGCUUUGGGAAUUAUUAGAUUUGGAACUUCAAGUACCACUAAAAGAUUUCGUAACUUUUACGACUGGUUUUCUGUUCUUGUGGAAAUAGCGCCGUUUGCUUUUUUUACAACGGAAAUUCUUUUAGAAUACAAAAUUUUAGAGGAAGGAAGAUUACUUCUUUUAUCAUUAGGACUUCUUCCAAUGAUUUAUGAACCAACAUCAACAACACGAGAUCGUUCAAAAUAUCGAUUUUAUACAGACAUUAUUUUUGCUCUUCAAGCAUUAAUAAUGACAAUUGUUUGUUUAAAUAAUGGAAAUUUUGCAAUUUUAAGUCUCGCCACAUCCUAUAUUGUCGCUCGAUUAAUUUCUGAAGAUUUUUGUGAUCGAUUCGAAGUUCCUUAUAUUGAUCUUUCACAAUAUAGCCUAUGCUUUGUUGAAAUUUUUGCAAUUGCGACAUUUAAAGAAACUUUAACACAUUAAUAAUUAUAUUUAUACACAAUUUUUUUUUUUUUUUAUACAUUUAACACUUUUUUGUGCCUAAAUAAUAGUUUUCAUGAGAUUUCUAAAGAAGGGGUACAAAUUAUAUAAAAAUAUAUAUAUACACAAUGUAAUAUAUAUAUAUAUAUAUAUAUAUAUAUAUAUAUAUAUAUAUAUAUAUAUAAAGAAAACGUUGAGCGGGUACAAUUAUUAUACUUUUUGCCUCUUUGUAAUCAAAAUGGUCAUAAAACACAUAAAAAUUGAAGUUUCUUAAAAGGCCUUCAGAAAAAAUAUUCUAUUGAUAACAAUAUUAAACAAUAAUGAAUGAUAAAUUAUAUCAACUAAUAUAAUAUUUAACAAUAUUUAAAUGUUUCAUUAAGGCUUUCAAAUUUUACGCAAGUUCGAUCAUAUAUAUUUAUAUUAUAUAUAAAUAUUUUACAUAUUUCUUUCUUCUAUAUACUUUAAUGAUAUUUAUCAAUGAUAAACAUUAUUUUACUGAUUUCUAUAUUGGAAUUUUUUUUAUUAAAUAAUUAAUAUUUUAACCUGUUCUCAAAUUCUCUUGAAAUUUUUUAUACAUUUUGUCGAAUAUUAAAAAAAAAGUUAAAAUUAUUAUUUAUUUGUCGUAAUUAAAAAUGACAAAAAAGUAAUAAUUAAGAACGUAAAUAAAAUAAUAACAAUAAUAGUAAUAUAAAAUUUCUUACGAAUAAAUAAAAAUGAUAAUAAAUAGAGUAAUUAAGAAAUUUGUGAAUGGGUUAAUUAUUAAAGUGAUUAGAAUUUUGUACUUAUAUAUAAAACUUAAAUAAUUUGAAAUAUUGUAAAAAUUAUUAAAAGAAAAACUGUACUUUCGUACUGAUGAAAAAGUUUAGAACUGAUUAUAACAGUUUGAAAAUUAGUUUCGAUAUAAAUGUAGGAUUUGUGCCAAAUGAUGGGUACAGCUUUAGGUGAAGGAUUUCUUUUUUUAAGAGAAAAAAAGAAAAAAAAAAAGGUCGCACAAUUAUUGCCCAAAAUGAAAUCAAGUGAUGAAAUCGAUAAGUGAUAUAAUAAAACUGUUUAUAUUCUCUUUCAAAAGUACGAAAGUGUAUACAGUAAAUAUUAUAAUAUAAUUAUAAUAUAUAUAAUAUGUUGAAUUAUUUACAAUGAACUAACAAUGAUUAUUAUAUAUCAACCAAUGUUCGAUCGAUAUUUAUAUUAAUACUUUUAUAUUGAUAAUAAAAAUCUUUUUUCUCUUGAAA